AUGAGAGGUGGUGGAAGAUUUUCUAGUGGACCCAGAUUCCAGAGGCAGAGGAAUUCCGGUGGUGCUGGUGGUUCUGGUGCUCUGUGGUGCCGCCGUUGUAAUUUUCGUCAUCAUGGUAAGUGCAGGAGAGGUGGUGGUGCUUGUUAUACUUGUGGGCAAAUGGGACAUCGGGCUUCUCAAUGUCCCCAGGGUCAGCAGAGACCUCAGCAGACCACUAUGCCACCUCCAACACCGAUUCAGCAGAGCUUUGGACCAGGCAGUUAUGGCCAGUCGGGUCGUGGUGGUGCUUACCACUACCAGGGGGAUGCUGCUUCGUAUGUUUCCGGACCUUAUCAGUAUCCCCAGGAGACUUAUUCUCAGACAGGGUAUUCCCAGGACUUUGGGGGUUAUUCUUCUUAUUCAUCUAUGCCAGCGGGUGGAUCUUAA